UCUGCCCGUCCUGUGGGCACCGAGGUCCCUCCCUAUGCACUGCUAGAGCCAGAGAGAGGAGACGCCAUGACCCCCACCCUGAUGGCCCUGCUCUGUCUCGGGCUGAGUGUGGGCCCCAGGACCCGAGCGCAGGCAGGGACCCUCCCCAAACCCACCAUCUGGGCUGAGCCAGGCUCUGUGAUCCCCCGGGGGACUCCUGUGACCAUCUGGUGUCAGGGGAGCCUGGAGGCCCAGGAGUACCGCCUGCAAAAAGAGGGAAACUCGGUGACCUGGGACAGUCAGAAGCCACUGGAGCCCAAGGACAAGGCUAAGUUCUCCAUCAAAUACAUGACAAAUGUAUAUGCAGGACGAUAUCUCUGUAACUAUCACAGUCCCACUGGCUGGUCAGAGCUCAGUGACCCCCUGGAGCUGGUGGUGACAGGAUGGCAUGGCAAACCCAGCCUCUCAGCCCUGCCCAGCCCUGUCGUGACCUCAGGAGGGAACGUGACCCUCCAGUGUGGCUCAUGGUUCGGAUUUGACAGGUUUGUUCUGAUGGAGGAAGGAGAACGCCAGCCCUCCUGGACCCUGGACUCCCAGCGAGCCCCCAGUGGGAGGUUCCAGGCCCUGUUCCCUGUGGGCCCCGUGACCCCCAGCCCCAGGUCGACGUUCAGAUGCUAUGGUUAUUACAACAACAACCCUCAGGUGUGGUCGUACCCCAGUGACCCCCUGGAGCUGCUGGUCUCAGGUGCAUUGGGGAAGCCCUCCCUCCUGACCCAGCAGGGCCCUGUCGUGACCUCUGGACAGAACCUGACCCUCCAGUGUCGCUCUGAUGUCGGCUACGACAGAUUCGCUCUGUCCAAGGAGGGCGCACGGGACCCUCCCCAGCUUCUUGGCCGACAGCCCCAGGCUGGGCUCUCUGGGGCAGACUUCUACCUGGGCCCUGUGAGACCCUCCCACGGGGGCCAGUACGCAUGCUAUGGUGGACGCAAGCUCUCCUCCGAGUGGUCGGCCCCCAGUGACCCCCUGGACAUCCUGGUCGCAGGACAGCUCCCCUACACACCCUCCCUCUCAGUGCAGCCGGGACCCACGGUGACCUCAGGAGAGAAUGUGACCCUGCUGUGUCAGUCAUGGAGCUCUGAGGACACUUUCCUUCUGUCCAAGGAGGGGGCAGCCGAUCCCCCCCUGCGUCUUAGAUCAAAGCGCCGAGCUGGGCAGCACCAGGCUGAAUUCUCCAUGAGUCCUGUGACCUCAGCCCACGGGGGGACCUACAGGUGCUACGGCUCAUCCAGGGCCUCCCCCUACCUGUUGUCCCAGCCCAGUGACCCCCUGGAGCUCCUGGUCUCAGGACCCCCUACAGACCCCGGCCCCUCACCCACAGGGCCCAGCUCAACAGCUGGUGAGUCACAGGGGCCGCUGUCCAGGGGCUUUUCUUCCAGUCUCUCAGAGAUGCCAGGGGGACAGCGGGGCUCCAGGGGCUCUGAGGGUCCCCACUGGUACCUGUACGUCCUCAUCGGGGUCUCGGUGGCCUUCGUCCUGCUGCUCGGCCUCCUCGUCCUCCUCCUGGUCCGACACCGGCGUCGGGGCGAAGGCAGGAAGCCAGGGGCUGCAGACGCGGAGCCCAAGGACAGAGGCCUGCAGGACAGCUCCAGCCCAGCUGCUGCCACCCAGGAGGAGAGCCUCUCAGAUGCUGCCGUGCAAGACACUCAACCUGAGGAGGGGGUGGAGCUGGACCAUCGGCAGAACACACAGGAUGAAGACCCCCAGGGAUUGACAUAUGCCCAGGACACUGCUGCAUCUGGCGUCCCCCAGGACGUGACCUACGCCCAGCUGAACCGCUUGACCCUCCGACGAGAGACAAGUGCAUCCCCUCCCUCCCCAUCAGGGGAGCUCCCAGCAGAGCCCAGCAUGUAUGCUGCUCUGGCCAUCCACUAGCCCAGGAAGGACCCAGACCCCACACUCCAGGGAAGGGGACCACAAAGACCCUGGAAGGCACAGGAGCUGCCCACAGUGGGUGCCACCUAAUGACCCCAGCCAACCUGGACUCCUCACGCAGACCAGUAGGAACUCCCGGGACCCUCCGGGAGUCGCCUGAUUCUGCCAUCAAAGAUAGUAAUAUCCCUACACUUUGGAAAUCAAAGCAAUGGACUUCUCAAUAAUUCAGGAAUGAAAUGAGAAAACCAAAAUGAAAAUGAGAAAAUGUUUAUACAUAUAUACAUCAGAUACAUAUACAAGGGUAAUAUAAAUGUUAUACAUCAAAUCUAUGAAAUGGGAAAAUUAAGAACCAAGAACUAAUAUAUUAGAACAGAAAACAGCCUAAAAUAAUUAAUGAUAUAACCUAUUAUAUCGAGACUAUAGAAAAAGAAUAGUAGGGGUGCCUGGAUGGCUCAGUCAUUAGGCAGCUCAUGUCAUGAUCCCAGGGUCCUGGGAUCUAGCCCCACAUUGGGCUCCCUGCUCAGCAGGAAGCCUGCAUCUCCCUCUCCCACUCCCCCUGCUUGUGUUCCCUCUCUCGCUCUCUCGCUCGCUCUCUGUCAAAUAAAUGAAUAAAAUCUUUUUUAAAAAGGAAGGAAGAAAGAAAAAGAAUAGCAAAUUAUUCCAAAUGAAGGUAGGAGGAAAAUAAUAAUGACAAGAAUAGCUACUAGAGAGGACAAACAAAAAAUAGAGAAAAAUCAAUAAAGCCAAAGUGUUCAUUUUUGUAAACAACGGUUAUAAAUCCUAGCCACAAUAGCCAGGUGAGAGAGAGAGAAGGUACACAUCACCAUUAUCAGGACAGCAUCCCAUCCUACACAAUUUAAAUCAAUAAUAGAACAUUAUGAAUCAUUUUAAGCAGAUACAUAAGUAACUGACAAAAUCCUCAAAAAUACAAGUUACAAAAUGAUGAAGAAGUAGAAAAUAUGUAUCACCCUAUGUAUACAUUAAAUGCAUUGACUGUGUGAUCAAAAACCUAUGAGCCAGCAAUUGCACUACUGGGUAUUUACCCCAAAGACACAGAUGUAGUUAAAAGAAGGGGCACAUGCACCCCAAUGUUCAUAGCAAUGUCUGCAAUAGCCCAGCUGUGGAAAGAGCUGAGAUGCCCUUCAACAGAUGAAUGGAUAAAGAAGAUGUGGUCCAUAUACACAAUGGAAUAUUCCUCAGCCAUCAGAAAGGAUGAAUACCCAACUUUUACAUCAACAUGGAUGGGACUGGAGGGGAUGAUGCUAAGUGAAAUAAGUCAAGCAGGGAAAGACAAUUAUCGUAUGGUUUCACUCAUAUGUGGAACAUAAGCAAUAGCACAGAGGACCAGAAGGGAAGGGAGGGAAAACCGAAUGGGAAGAAAUCAGAGAGGGAGAAAAACCAUGAGAGACUCCGGAUACCGGGAAACAAACUGAGGGUUACAGAAGGGAGGGGGUGGGGAGAUGGGGUAACUGUGUGAUGGGCAUUAAGGAGGGCAAGUGAUGUGAUGAGCACUGGGUGUUAUUGUAACUAAUGAAUCACUGAACACUACAGCAGAAACUAGUGAUGUACUAUAUGUUGGAUAAUCAAAUUUUUUAAAAAACCCACCCCCCAAAUGAAGUAUGUGGAAACUGAGAGAAACGGAGAGCAGACUGUGUGGCUUCCAGGGCUGGGGUGUGGAAAUGGGGAGGUGUUGGUCAAGAUUAUAGCUAGAAGAUAAACAACUUCUUAGUUAUAAGACCACGAGUUCUGGGGAUCUGAUGUACAGCAUGAUGACCACAGCUCAUCACAUUGUAUCAUAUUCUUGAAUGUUGCAAAGAGAGUAGAUCUAAAUGUUCUCAACACAUGCAAGAAAGGCAACUAUGUUAUGGGAUGGAAGUGUGAGCUAAGGCCAUGGUAUAAUCAUUCUGUAAUAAAGAAAUGUGUCUGUUGAGGAGGCUUCAUUGGGAAUUUCCUCCAAACACUUAUGCCCUUAGGAAACACACACAAGCAUAUACACACACCAAAAUCACACAAACCUUCCUGAGAAUAAAAAGGGAAGGAGCAAUAUUGGAUUAGGCCAGGAAACUAUUGACACCAAAACCUGGCAAGGUCAUUACAGAAUGAAAAAGGCACAUAAAGACGUCUCACAUAAAUUUCGAUGUAAAUCUCUAAACAGAAUGUUCACAAAUAAGAUUCAGCAAUAGUUAAAAAAGACUCCACAUCAUGACCACACUGGAUUUUGGGGGGGAGGGGAGGAACAGAGUAGCUUAAAAUUUUAAAACUCAGUCAAUGUAAUCUGAUACAUUAACAGAAUUUGUAAAAAAAACCAUCUCACAAACCAGAGGAGAGGGGGAUGGGAAGAUGGUUGAAACAGGUGAAGGGGAUUAAGAGUUACAAACUUCCAGUUACAUAAUAAACAAGCCCUGGGGAUGAAAAAUACAGUUUAGGGAAUAUAAUCAGUAAUAUUGUAAUAAUUUUUUGUGUGACACAUGAUAAUUGCAUUUCUUAUAGUGAGCGUUGCAUAAUGUAUAUAAUUGUUAACUCACUAUGUUGGACACCUGGAACUCAUAUCAUAUGUUAACUAUAAUUUAAUUAAAAAUCUAAAAAUGAUGUGCUAUAUGUUGGCUAAUUGAACAUAAUAAUAAAAUUUUUUUAAAAAAAUUUAAAAAUUAAGAAAUAAUCUCAACAGAUGCACACAAAGCUUUUGAUAAAACACACCAACAAUUCAUAAUGAAAACAAAAACUCGUCCAAAAUAAAAAGGUGUUUCUUACAAUUUAUGAAAGCAUGGUUAUCAAUCAGCACCUGGACAUCAUCUUUGAAGGUGAGAACUUGAAGUCCUUUUCUCUGUGAUGGGGACGAUCCAAGUAUGUUUCUUAUGACCGCUUGUAUUCAGCGCAGCAUUCAGCUCAUUUAAUUGGAAGUACCAACCAAUUAAAAGAAGCAAAACAAAACAAUAAGCAUGGAAAUGGAUAAGAAUAAUACUUGUAUUGCUCUGAGAUUACACAGUUGUGUGCAUAGAAAAUAAAAAAAUAGUAUAAAUAUGUAUUACCCCAAAUAAAAAGGAGUUUUCCAAAUUUAUGGGAUACAUGGUCAAUAUUUAGAAGUCAAUUGCAUUCAGAAUUCUGGUUUGAAUGAAGAUGAAGCAAGUGAAUGUCUCCUAUUCCUUGACUUUACACCCAUGAGAUUGUAUUUGUACUUCUGACAUCCAGAACUGUAAGAUAAUAAAUUUGUGUGUUUUAAGACACCAAGUUUGUGGUCAUUUGUGACAGCAGGACUUGGAAGCUAAUUCAAUGACUUAAAUUUUCUUUUGAUUAGUGUUUGUAUAGCACGUUUUUUGUUCUACUUUUUUUAAUGUGGUUGAAUAUACAUUACAUAAAAUUUACCGUUUUAACCAUUGCAGAUGUAUAUAAUUCAGCAGCAUGAAGUACAUGUACCAUGUUAGACAAUCAUCAUCACUAUCCAUU